CUGAUUAUUUCAUUUGUUACUAUUCAUGUAUAUCUUGCCUCUUUCACAGACCUGAAGGUGUAUGGCAGCUUACAGAAUUUACAGAUAGUAAAUUAAUUAUUAAAAGCUCUUUCCUGAUCAGAAAAGAACAGAAAAACAGGAAUUAUGAGACAAAGCAUCAUUGGGUUACCUUCAGUCCCUACUUAUGAGGAAAAGACAGGAUAACAAUAAAGAUAUAAAGCAGGCUGCCUCCCUACUUUUCAUACUUCACAGAACUUGUUGAGUCUGCGCAUACUGGUGGUGUCCCAAGCCCUCUCAAAACGGUUCCUGUGAAAAUGAAGAAAACAGGCUUUAUUUUCCUGAAAGACAAUAUUGUGUGUCCAAUAUGCCUUGAGGUGUUCAGAAACCCCGUUACCACAGCCUGCGGGCACAACUUCUGCAUGGAUUGUUUGCAAGAUUACUGGGACCACCAAGUCCUGAUUGGGGAAUGCCCGUACUGCCCCCAGUGUCGUGAGCCCUUCAGUUCCAGACCUCAGCUCCGCAAGAACAUCACUCUGGGAGAAAUUGCCAUGAGGUUUGCUCGAGAGGAGGCCCAAGGCUCAAGGAAGCUAGCAGGUUCAAGGGAUGUCCCAUGUGACUUUUGCUCUCCCCGGAAGCUCAAGGCUGUCAAGUCUUGCCUGCAGUGUAUGGCAGCCCUGUGUGACAACCACAUCCGGUCCCACUAUGAAGACAAGACAUUUAAGAAUCAUCAGCUGAUAGAUCCUAUAAGUGACCUGAAGGCCAAUAUAUGCUUGAAACAUCGCAAGCUGCUGGAGCUAUUCUGCAAAAUGGAAGGCAAAUUCAUUUGCCAAAUCUGCAUCCGGGAAGAGCACAAGAACCAUGAAGCUGUCUCUCUCAAGGAAGAGAGAAUCAAGAAGGAAGUGGAGGUCAGGCAAAUACAUGCCAAUGUGGGAAACCAGAUCUUCAUGUUGGUAGCAGACAGUCAGAAACACAGAGGGAGAGUGAAUUACCUUGCGAAAGUAGUGAAGACAGCCAGAGAUGAAGUGAAUCGGGCCUUUGCAGAGGUAUUCAAAGAGGUCAAGCGACUACAGACCAAGGUGACGGACUUCAUAGACCAAGAGGAAAGAUCCGCCUUAGUUGGAAUGGGGAAUUCCAUUCAGUACAGGCAAGAACAACUGGACAAUCUCAGGAAGCAGAACCUGUGGCUGGCGACACUGAUUGAUGAGCCAAGUGACCAUCAGUUCCUCAUGGACAUUCCCAAAAUAAAGAUGAUGUCUGGUUGUACAGAGACUUUGACUGGUCUGAAAUGCGAAGAACCCACCAGUUUUGUAGGGCUUAAACAGACACUCACUGACUUGAAAUCCCAGAUAUCCAUGAUUGGACUGUGCUUUAUCAACAAAGUGCUUCAAAAAGGGAUCACAAUGGUGCCCUAUGAAGUGAUACCAGCACCUACAGACCGGAAGAAUCUCCUAAGGUAUUAUUGUACCCUGAAUUUUGAUGCCAGUACUGCCAACGAAGAGCUCUUCCUCUUUAAGGAGACCCACUCUGUGCUGAACAUGGGGAUCUUGCUGGAGAACUACUCGAAACCCAGCCAAGGGUUCAACCACUGGCCACAGCUCUUGUGCACCCGCAGCCUGUGCGAGGGCUGCCAUUACUGGGAGGCAGAGAUCUCAAACACAUGGCUGUGCUUAGGAGUCACCUACAGCUACAGGCAUCGGACAGAGAAGUCUUGUAUGUUGUACUUGAUUGGCAGGAACAGCAAUUCAUGGUGCUUGGAAUGGGACUCAGUGAAGUUCUCUGUCUGGCAUAACAAUAUCCAGACAGUGGUGCAAGGCAACUACUACAAGACCAUAGGGGUCUUGCUAGACUACGCUGCUGGCUCAUUGACGUUCUAUGGCAUCACCAAUACUAUGAAUCUCAUCUAUCGUUUCCUAAGCACAUUCACUGAGCCAUUAUACCCAGCUGCCAUGGUAAGCAGUGGGGCAUCUGUUACUCUGAAACAACACCCAGAGUAGAGCCAAACCACACAAAAGAAAAAAACCAAAAACAACAAAUUGAAAUUUCCCAGAUUCUUCCUUAAAGGCCAAUUGCUGUUGCUGAUAAAAUUAACUUUUAUCUCAUGAUUACUGAGGCAUUUUUUUAAGUCACAUGGAUACAAGCAGAAACAAACUGUAUUCCUAAAUAUUUCUUUUUGUUACUUACUUUUGCUAUGGGAAAUCUUGGCUUGCUCCACAGGAUCACAUGGCGAUGAGAGAGAGAAGCCUUGCUGGUUCAUUUCUGGCUUCCCCUUCUCAUUGGGUUUUCAGUUUGCCCUCACCAGAUCAUCUCUCAUUCUUCUUAUGUUUUUAAAACUGCAUUGUGUGCAGCCAAAUCUGCUACAUUGCCAGUUCUUAUAUCAGCAUCUCUUUUGUGAAGACACUCAAGUGCUCCUUUUGGAACAAGACAGGUGCUGCACCUCAAGCUUGCCUGCAAACCUCUUUGUCUCCUUCUUCCAGUGAUGGAGAAUCUGCUUCCAGUGAUGGAGAUCUUGUUGGACUGGAACGCCUAUUGGCUUUAGCCAGUAUAGCCAACAUGAGGUGAGAUAGGGGGAACCAACCCAACAACUCAUAAGGGCUGCAAAUUCCCUGUCCCUGCCUUACUGAAACACACCGUCAUCACCAUCUCUGUAGAUAAAUCUGGCAUUAGAUGCACACAUAUUGAGAAUCAUUUUAGACCUAUCAUGUUUCUAUAGGGAAAGUCUGCAUAAAACCAGUUAUUCUGUUAAAAUAUACCUUGACUUCCUCCAUGCCUAAGAAGGCAUUGGCUGGUAGCCUAUUAAUGUAAAUUAUCAUAAGUCACUUUUUGAUUCGUUGUGGAAGUCAGAAUUCUGUAUUGCCUCUGUGCAAUGACCAGAAUCAAUCUCAAACGCAUUAUAGCUAUAGGAGCAUCCCCUCAAGGCCAUUUGGUGACUGGUGGAAAGCAGCAAGAAUAGAAGAAGCACCUGGCUGCGCCCCUGUGGCCAGGCACAAAAUGAUGAAGUCUGAACAGAUGAUUUCAUUGCCCUGUGUUUGGUUAUAGGGACAUAACAUUUCUCCUAUUUUCCCUAAAUACGACCAAUGGCACUAAAUAUCAACAAAAUAGGGCACCUGCAGCUAAAAGUGUGUGUGAUGUAGUGGGAGAUGUAGUUCUGCAAAGAGAAUUUUAUGCUGUGGUUCCAUUGUCCUCUGCUGCUUCUAUGUGAUUGUCUCAUACUGUAACUGAGAGCUGAUCCCAACCGUCUUUUUCAUAUAGUAAAGCCAAUAACACUACUGGACUUUCUGAGUAGAUUAUGGUGAUUUGAACCAGUCUUAUGAUUGAUCCAGAAUGACUUUCCAUCUCUUUGAAUUGUUUCAUUCUCUACAUUUGCAUUUUUUUCAGGAUUUAGAGUCACAGUUUGGGUCACAAGUCCACACAUUAAUUUCAUCAUAUCAAAAAUCACCAGGGAAAGUUGUAUUCAUGUCCACCACAUCAGAGUUAUACAAUAUAUCAUGCUUCCUUUCCAGUUUCUCUGUUCCACCCUAUCCAACCAUAAACCAAAAAUAGAAUAUAAUAAUUUUACUGUUUUACCCAUACUGUUCUACCCAUGUGAUCUUCUUUGCAUGACCUACAAUAUUAUUAUUUACAGAACACCCAAUCUGAAAGGGUAAUUUACAGCUUUGAAAAGCCUGUCUGUGCCAUUUCAGGAUAUUUAGCAAAGAGGCACAGACCUUUCAAACUAGCCACAGGGUUUUCUGCACACACACACAACUCGGGCCUUGGGUUAGCUAGAUUAGGUCACAAGUCAUUACAGCAUCCUGGCAGCCUCUUUCAAGUUAAGAUUUAAGAUACGGUGAUUGCUAAUUAUCCCUCGUUGGCAGCACUUACCAGCAAUUUGCCGGAUGACAGCCCUGGCUGCAUCCCAGAGUCUUUGGGGCCAUAUCCAAAGGCAACCAGCAGUCAUCAACACUGUCAAGUGGCCUGAAGUUCACAACCUCAUUAUCAAGGGCAUAGUCACCUGGCAUUCAAAAGACAUUUGUUUGCUUCAGUGUGUGGUCCAUAAUAUACACAUGCUGUCUCUGGCUGUUUUCCAAGGGUGGCCAGCAGAGAAAGGGGUGGUGUGCUUGUAUUGUUGCUGCUGCUGCUGCUGUUAAUAUUGCUUAUGUGUAUUUUUUCAUGUACUCCAAGUGCAUUAUUGGAUCUGUAGUCCUGUAUGCCUCGCUACAAGAGUUAAUGUGGUGUAGUGGUUUGAGUGCUGGACCAGAAGACCAGGGUUCGAAUCCCCACUUGGCCAUGGAAACUCACUGGAUGACCUAGGGCAAGUUACACUCUCUGAGCCUCAGAGGAAGACAAAGGCAAACCCCCUCCUCUGAACUAAUUGUGCCAAGAAGUCCCUGUGAUCACCUUAGGGUCACCAUAUUUGGAAAUGACUAGAAGGCACAAAACAACAACAUUGCCUCACUGCACAUUAGUGUUUUACUCCCAGUGAGACAUUAUUGAGAUCAGUGCACAGCCUACAUGGAUGCAAUGAGGAACUGUGUGCACAUGACUCACACAUUCAUAAAGUCACACAGGGGCUAUUAAACUAUCAGCUUUCUUUUAAAGUGGGGAUUGGGGAAUAUGCAGCCUUUCAGAUGUUGUUGCAUCAUUUACUAUGCUGGUUGAGGCUGCUUGGAAUUGCAGUCCAACACCCUCUAAAAGACCAACACAUUCUCCAUUCUUGCUUUAAAAAAUUCUUGACUAUCACAUCACUCCAAGAGAUAAAACAAAAACUGAAAUAUAGAAAAUAAAGGUUAAACAUUCCAAAUCCAGUCUCACAGUUUCUAAAACUUGACAUGUGAUUUUUAACUUCCUCUAUUACCAUUAAAGGCAAUUUUAUGUCAGCUGCCUUGUUGACAUGAUCUUGAUUGAUCAAACAUUGACUGAAAAUGUGCAGGACCUUUAUUCCUGAAUAAUUUAUCCCAGGACAUUAGAACUUAUUGCAUGAGAAAAGAAAGCCAAACAGAGUGGGAGAGAAGCAGCUUUCCCCUUGCCUCUCUGCAUGCUGUUGUAGUGCUUCCGUUCUCCUUCAUGAGGGAGAUGGUCAUAAAAGCAUACCUUCUGCCAAACAGAUUUUUCCACGAUGACAAAUGACACAUUUUUACAACCCGCUCCCUCAAGAAGAGAAUGAAAGUGCUUUGCUGGCAUGCGGAGAGGCAUGGAGAAGGCUGCUACUCUCCUACUAUGUUGCGGCUGUCUUUUCUCAUACAGUAAGGCACUCUUUCAGCCAUUAACCUGAUUUACUAUACAGUCAGCACUCCACAUUUGUGGGGAUUGGGGGUACAGGACCUCUACAAAAGUAGAAAAAACCACAAAUAUUUCUAGCGCCCCUCCUCCCAUCAAAUCUUAACUCAGGCCUCAAACAGACAGGGCAGCCAUUGGGUUCAGAGGCUGUGCCAAGGCUGUCCUGGGACCGCCAAAUGCAGCCCAAAACCAGCUAUGAAAGGAGCCGAUUCUUACCACUCCUUUUUGCAGCUCAUUCAGGUCUGUGGUAGUGGGCGUACUCUGGACCAUGGUGUCUGGUUGCUGUGGUCACAGGCCAAAAGCAGCCUCUGGCCAGUCCUUCUGCCCCUUAUGCUUUGCCCCCAAGUCUAUAUUGCUAUGGAACCCAAGCAAAGCAGCUCUUCUGUCCUGCCAUUAUGGAAUAUGUCAGGCCUUAUAGUUUCAGAUGCGGCUGGAAAGCAGCCAUGACAGGGUGACUAAUGCAGAGCAAGUCUCCAGUGGUGGAAGAAGAAGCAGGAAUAUUUGGUGUUAUUUUAUAUAUUUAUAACUUAGUUUUUGAAAUUAUUUUUCUUUACAUUUUUUAGUUGACAUGUGUCUUCUGCAAUUUUCUGUAGUAGGCUUUGUAGUAUGACAUUGUAGUGGCUUAGAGCCAGUGUGGCAUAGUGGUUUGAGUGUUGGACUACAACUCUGGAGAGCAGAGUUCAUUUCCUAGCUCAGCCAUGAGACC